AUGCAAGUGGUUGAGCUUAAGAACCUUGGCGUGGUGUCCAAGUUUUGUCGGUAUACUGUUACUUACGAUGAAGAGACUGGAUACAAACUCACCCACGAAAAUGUAAUUGAUGACAUGCUCAAGAAGUUUAGAUUAGUCGAGUCGGCACCGGUCAGAGCGCCGAUCGGCGAAGAAGACGGAGACGGAGAAGGUGUGCUUUUGCGUUCGGUAAAAGUGGGUCUCGGAGAAGCCGACUAUGCAGAUGUUUCAGUCUCUGAUUGGCAUUAUCUAUGUAUUGCUCGAUGCACACGACUAGGAAUAGCCUUUGCACUGCAUCGAGUGGCUCGUCGUUCACACGCGCCGAGUAAAGGCGACUGGCGUCUUGCAAAGAAGAUCGCAAAAUAUCUCAAUGACACUGUAUAA